CCGGCCCCAACCCCCCGGGAGCAGCCGCGGCGGAGGAGGCUGCGCCCCCGGCGGGCGGCGUGACGGCGGGGCGCCUCCCGGCCGAGCCAUGGGGCAGACCUCGGUCUCCACGCUGCCCGAGCCGCACGGCGUUGAUGGCUUGGAUAAGGCUUCAAUCGCUAACUCGGAUGGACCAGCCCCAGGAUCCCAAACUCCUCCCUUCAAGAGAAAGGGCAAACUCUCUACCAUCGGCAAAAUCUUUAAACCUUGGAAAUGGAGGAAGAAGAAGACCAGUGACAAAUUCAGAGAAACAUCGGCAGUGUUGGAAAGGAAGAUUUCGACAAGACAAAGCAGAGAGGAGCUGAUAAGAAGGGGAGUGCUGAAGGAAAUGCCCGAGCAAGAUGGUGAUGUAACAGUAAAUUUUGAAACUUCAAAUGGACACACCAUAGCCAUUGGUGAAGAAACCAUACAGGAAGAAAACAUAGUAAAAGCCAGUGGAGAUAAUGGUACUUUAUCAGAGAAAGCUACUGCAUUGGAAGGAAAAAAAGAAGAUCAAAAAGAGAGCACUACUGAUCACUGCCCAGAAAUACCGGCAUCCCAUGCUCCACCACUACCCAAGUCUAAGCCUAAAUCUAAAAAAGCUCCGCUACCACCAAAAAAUGCUAUUGCUGCUUCCACCACCACCAGCCAUAAGAGUAAUGAAGCAUCUCAUGCUAAAAAAAAGGGAAAGGCUCCUGCUAAGCAGCCUCCUCUCCCACCUCCAAAGCCAACAAGUCACAGUGCAAAUCGGGAAGCUGCUAGUUCUAGUUCCUCACAUGCUAAAAAAACACCAGUCUCCAAGUCUUCUUCAUCACCAUCUCCUUCGUCCACAUCAUCUCAUUCCAAAGCCUCUAAGGAGACUUCCAGCAAAUCGGGCACAUCAGGGACUCCCAGGGGCAAGAAAAAAGCUGGGAAGCAGUCAGCCCCACGAACGGCACCAGAUGGGGCAGCUUCUUCCCCCUCGGGUGCCACAGCCAGCAGGUUGGAAGCGAAGGCAGAAAAAUCUGAGCCUGAGCAGCCUUCCAUAGUAAUUUCUGAAACAGAGGACGUAGACCAACGGAGCAAGCUGGUUGUACCCCCUCCUCCCACCACGUCUCCUCCUCCUCCUCCUCCGCCUCCUUUUCCUGCCGCAGCCGGUCAGCCCGCUGUCUCCUCAGAUGCCCAGGAUGCACCAGAGGGCUCGGUGGCAAAGCCAUCCAUCCCUGGAUCAGGUACUAAACCUCUUCUCCAGGCUGAGCAAGGGACAGAUGACAGCCUGAGCAGUACGGCCCAAGACAGCGGUCCAGAUGCUAGUGGAGAAGACUCAAAAAGCCUGGCUACCAAGGAUGACCAAGAAGUGGAGGCACCUGACCAGACCCACUCUGAACCACUGGAGGAGGCUUCUGAUGCUGCUGCCCCUGCUGAGAGUGAAAGCAGCAGAGAGAGCCAUAGCAGCGACUCGGACUCUGAUGGGCCGAUACUGUACACAGAUGAUGACGAUGACGACGAUGAUGAUAAUGCUAGUGCUGAAAGCUCUUUGGCAAGUAAAAUUCGUCGUAGGGAUACUCUUGCUAUCAAACUUGGCAACAGACCAUCUAAGAAAGAAUUAGAAGACAAAAACAUCUUGCAGUGCACAUCUGAAGAGGAGAGGCAGGAAAUCAGACAUCAGAUUGGAACAAAGCUAGUGAGGAGACUUAGCCAGAGGCCUACAACUGAAGAGCUAGAGCAAAGAAAUAUCCUAAAGCAGAAGAAUGAAGAAGAAGAACAGGAAGCCAAAAGAGAAAUAAAACGUAGACUCAGUAGAAAGCUCAGCCUGAGGCCUACAGUGGCCGAACUUCAAGCAAGGCGAAUCCUGCGGUUUAAUGAGUACGUGGAGGUCACAGAUUCUCCGGAUUAUGAUCGUCGUGCUGACAAGCCUUGGGCCAGGUUAACUCCCGCAGACAAGGCAGCAAUACGGAAAGAACUGAAUGAAUUUAAAAGCACAGAAAUGGAAGUACAUGAGGAAAGUCGGCAAUUUACCAGGUUUCAUCGUCCAUAAUUGUUCGACCACAUCCCAUGUUUCAUGUAACAAUUUUCUUUGGGGAAAUCAUUGCGUCCUGAAGACCCGAGAUUGCACUGGAACUUGACUGAGCGUGAGCGUGUCUUGCAGCUUGCCCUGAGGUUAAUGAAGGAUGUGGCCCUUGUCUUUAUCAAUGAACAAAUGAUUUGACUAGGAGCAGAACCUAUAUGAAGUGUUUGUUUUAACAAAAAUACAUCUCGAUGCUAAGACAGAGCAUGGUCCUGUGGCCAGCCCACAGAGACAAGUUGAUGGCCUUUUUCCUCGGAGCUUGACAAGUCAGGAAGAGCAGAAGACAAUCGCUUGAGAGCCUACGGCCAAGAUCUCAUCAGAGCUUGUGGCAUUGUGACUGAGGGUAACUCAGGGGGGAGCAUGAGAAGGACUGGGAGAGCAGGGGGAGAGACUUCCCUUGUCAGUCAGCAGAGAGCAGCGGGGUGGGUGGCACUGCGUAGGGAUGCACUUGGCCAGUGGGAGGAAUCAUUUAAAAGAAAAAAAAAAAAAGGAGAGUAUGAGCAGCUGUGCAUGUAGUUUUUAGUGGCCACAGCCUGUCUGAGAAAGACAGAAAGCCACAAGUCCUCAUGUCAUCAGUACUUAGUGAAGAACUGUAAUUUUCUCUGGUGCCAGUAAAUACAGUUGCCAGAAAUUAGUCCUAUUAUAACUCAGAUGUCUUUUUUAAAAUCCUGAUGAGCAUGCUUCAAGAAAAUACAUUGAAUGUUCAUACAGAACAAGUCAUAUAUUUUUCAUUUUUUAAUGUUGAUGUGCUCUGGAUCCUCGGAAAUACGUAAACAGGAUUCGAAGGACAAAGGACACGCGACACUAUGAAUGCAAUGAAGCGAUUCGUGUUUAGAAACACUCCUUUCCACCUGUCAUUUGUCAUUCAAACCAGAGGGAUCGUUAUCUUCUGCACCUAUGGCAGGCAGUAGUGGCAGCUUCAACAUCACGCUAGUGUGAGUCCAAACUCAGAAUUGGAAUGGGGCACAGAAGUCCUUACCGGCAGGUUUGAGCAGUGAUUGCUGAUGUGAUGUUUUACAUGUGAGAACCCUUGCACUGCUUUUAGGAAGGACUCGCAGGGGAAUCAGCGUGUCUUCAGCCUGCAGUCUCAUGAAAGCUAACCGAAAAUCCUUAGAGCGUCUGCAGCCUGUUGUUGCUCAGUGUGAAGAAUGCUUCUUAGAUCCAUAAUUUUUUAUACUAUCUUGAAAUUGUGUAUGUGAAGACAGUGCUAUUCAAAUUAAGUGGUAUGGAGUGUGAAAGGCAAUACAUGCUUUUUGUAAGUUGGCACAAAAGCCUAUUAAAAAGCCUGUGGCGUUGUUUACACUAAGGAAUUCUCUGUCAUAUAUUAGCACUUAUUUAUCCUUUGAAUUAAUGUACACAACAUUUGGGGGGGGGUCUGGAAUUCACAUAUACAUACAUUUAAUGCAGUAUUACAAUAUAUAUGCUAUUUAUCCUUCCUAAUGUGUGUACAUAUUACAAUUUAUUUUUGUCUUUUAUGUGCCCUGUUUAGUUUUUUAAUUAUGAAGUGUAAGUAUUUCUUUUUCAGGCAAUAAAAGGUCUGUGUAGAUGUGAUUCUUACCUCAGAA